CGAUUCCCAUGCGGCCUCCGUGGUACAGGGAGGGUAGGGGAUAAGGUCCGGCCAAGGCCUACUCCUCUCUCACUCCCAACCCGACGUUCCUUCCGGUUUCUCUCCAUCUCCUGGAGUUGCAAUUUCGUCGGAGAACGAAGAAAGAUCUAAGUUUUCUCAUGGGUUUCGAUCGAAUCCUCCCUCCCUUCCCUCCUUCUCCUCCAUCUCGCUUCCCUCACUGAGAGUAGAAGCAUCCAUUUUUUUCUUCUCGGGUGGAAGCCGAAGCUAAAGCAAGCCAUGGCCGGAAUCGCCGCUUUCCAAUUCAAACCCUCUACUACUUUGUUUCGCGCGCCGACCGCCUCCAACCCUGUCAAACCCUUCUUCCAUUCUUUCUUUCUUCUUCGAUUGCCCAAGAAACCAGUUCGGGGUUGCCGGCCCCCUUUUGUUACCAAGAUAGCGGUGGUGGCACGGUAUGGCGGCGGUUUCCGUCCCGGCCCCAGCUCCAGGAGGUUCCAGGGUGAUAACCGUUUCGCCGAUCCUGACUACGAUCCCGCCCUUGAUCUUGACCGAGUCAAGUCACCUUCUGUGAGGCUAUUGGAUGAGCAACAGAAUAUGAUUGGUGUAAUGUCUAAAAGUGAAGCCAUACAAAUGGCAGAUGAUGCUGAUCUAGUUUUGGCAAUAUUGUCGGUAGAUGCAGAUCCUCCAGUCCUCAGACUCUUUGAAAGUGCGGAUUACAAAAAACAUAAGUAUGAACAGCAAAAGAAGAAAAAGGUGCAACAGAAAAGAUCUGCUGCAAGCCGUAUGGAUAUCAAAGAACUCAAAAUGGGGUAUAACAUUGAUUCUCAUGAUUAUUCUGUGCGGCUGAAGGCUGCCCAAAAGUUUCUUAAAGAUGGAGACAAGGUAAAAGUCAUUGUGAACUUGAAAGGCCGGGAAAAUGAAUUCAGGAACAUUGCUAUUGAACUUAUUAAGCGUUUUCAGAGUGAUCUUGGAGAGAUGGCAAGUGAGGAGAGUAAAAGUUUCAGCGAGAGGAACAUUUUCAUGGUACUCAUGCCCAAUAAAGCAGUUUUACAGAAAGCUCAGGAGCAGCCAAAGAAGAAGGAAACACCAGUCACAGAAGUUUCAGCAAGUGCCUAAUUGAGUCAAGGUCUAUAAGCAUGGUUUUGCAACCACAUCAACUGAUAUUUUUCUUGCCUACAGUUGAUUGGUAGGAAGAGAGAGGGUUGCAACAUAUUACAUAUGUGAAUAUUGGAGGCAAGAAGUUGUAGUAAGGUAUAUGUGUAAGGAGGUAAUCCUAAUUUAUUCUAUUAUCACCCAAAAGCCAAAUCAUUCUUGUUAUGUAAUGCACAAAUAAACUUCUGGCAGUGGAAUUGAGAAAUCUCAUGCCUUUUUCUGACAUUGACAUAUGAUCUUCUGUGAGGUGGCUUUAGAGGACUAAGCUUCUGGUUAUGGACAGGGACUUCAUUCAUGUGACGGUGAAUGUAAUGUCUCGCUCAGCAUGCUCUGUUGAAUUGCUUGGCUGUUGUCUGACAGGUAAUUCGGUCAAUCUUUGUAAAGUUGGAUAUUGAGGCUCAGAUACUUAAAAGCAAAAUUUACUUUAAAUGAAGGAUUGUACAUUAGAAGGAUA